CCAGCAAAUGGCCCGGUGUCAAGCACGCUGCACCCUCCUCUCCAGCGAUACACCCGGAUAUCGGCGCAUCCAAAAGACUGGGAUGUGCCAGGAGUGACAUACGCAAUCCUCUCCCAGGUAUCCUAUCCUGUCCUAUCUCGUGCUUCCCUCUGAAUCCCUCUCCUCCUCAUUCGCCCUCUCCGUCCCCUACCGUCCCCUACCGUCCCCUACCGCCGCUCUGCCACAUUAUCCCGUACUUUACCUCAUCUCACUUCACCUUGAGGACCGACCUGAACUUCACACCCUUCAACACUCGUUUGAGAUCCCUCCUAUCCUUCUUUUGUCCCAACUGCUCCCCCCUCCACCUCCCCGCGAUCUCGCCGACCUUCCGCCAGUCGUUCGUUUUCUUCGUUCAUCCCCUCUUCUUUCCUCUCUCGACGACAUCUGCAGCUCCACUGUCUCCCAACCCGAACCGCGCGCUCCGGGAACAUCGCCGCUCCUCUCGAGAUUACAGAACGAACACCCGACGAUCCAUAGGCCUUCCCCCGACUCUCGUUGCGGCACCUCGCGCCAUUCACUUGUCGUUCAGACGCUUUGUUACGCCCCGGCCGGUCUUUGUGCGCCCGCCAUCGCCUCUACGAAAGGCCAAAACGAAACGUCCUCUAACUUGCGACGUCAAGGGAAUAUAGUAGAAGUACAUUCGGCGAGCUUCGUUGCACCUCUCCUAAAGGAACAUUGCGAGCGACCCUCUGAUCCGCAUUCCUCCUUUCUAAAGCGCCGCUGCUCGAUCGAAUCCCUCUUGCAAGAUAAUAUCGCCAACGGGGACCUCCGUCAUCGCCUUCUCCGCCCAAGGCACAUAGAGACGCAUCUCAACCCCCACGCCCCAAGGGGGCACCGACUGCCAAAAUGAGCCAAGAUGCAGGCAAACAGCUGUUGGACUUGAUAAAGAAUCCCUACAGUGAACAGCUGCAAAAGAACUCCGUCUGGGCUGCCUUGGCCACUUCUCUCGGCGUCACCGUCGCCAUUGCCCUUACCUUCUCCUUUCUUCGACCUUACAACCAGUCCGUCUACGCGCCCAAGCUCAAACACGCCGAUGAGAGAAAUGCCCCUCCGCCGAUAGGCAAGAAGAUCUGGUCAUGGAUCCCGCCGCUGUGGAAAACGACCGAGACGGAACUGGUUCAUCAUGUCGGCAUGGACGCCACCCUCUUCCUGCGUUUCGUCCGCAUGUGCGUCUACAUGUUCAGCACCAUCUCCGUCUUCUGCAUCGCCAUCUUGAUCCCCACCUAUCUGUCCAACCGCGCCCAGGACAUUGACGGUAGCUGGCUCGAUGCCAUUACACCCAUAGCCGUAUGGGGCGAUGCGUAUUGGGCCCAAGUCGCCGUCGCCUACAUGAUCACCUUCACUGUUAUGGGCUUCUUGUGGUGGAACUACCGCAAGGUUUUACUGCUCCGCCGCAAGUACUUUGAGAGCGAAGAGUACCAGAACAGUUUGCACGCGCGGACGUUGAUGCUGUACGACAUUCCCAAGGACAGAUGUUCGGACGAGGGCAUUGCGAGAAUCAUCGACGAAGUCGUGCCUGCUUCUUCCUUCUCCCGCACUGCCAUUGCUCGAAACGUCAAGGACCUUCCAAAGUUGAUCGAGCAGCACAAUCAGACGGUCCGCAAGCUGGAACAAGUGCUGGCAAAGUACAUGAAGAAGCCCGACCAACUCCCGGCAGCUCGUCCAAUGUGCAAGCCCUCCAAGAAGGACCCCUCGUUCGCCACGUAUCCCAAGGGUCAAAAGGUCGACGCCAUCGAGUACCUGACGCAGCGGAUCAAGGAGUUGGAGAUCGAGAUCAAGGAAGUCCGGCUCAGCGUCGACAAACGGAGUACCAUGCCCUACGGGUUCGCCAGCUACUCCGAUAUCGCCGAGGCUCACAACAUCGCCUACGCCAGCCGCAAGAAGCACCCGCAUGGCGCAACCAUCACCCUUGCCCCGCGCCCGAACGACAUCAUCUGGGACAACCUGCCCCUCAGCCCUUCGGUCCGCCGGUGGAGACGUAUUGUCAACAACCUUUGGAUCGCACUACUCACUUUCGUGUGGAUUGCGCCCAACGCCUUGAUCGCCAUCUUCCUCAUCAAUUUGAACAACCUUGGCAAUGUGUGGAAGGCGUUUCGGAUCGAGCUUGCAAGGGACCCGAAUUGGUGGGCUAUCGUCCAGGGUAUCGCGUCCCCUGCGCUAAUGUCGCUUGUCUAUCUCGUCCUUCCUAUGAUCUUCCGUCGCCUGUCUAUGAAAGCCGGUGAUCAGACCAAGACGGGUCGCGAGCGUCACGUCAUGGCCAAGCUCUACGCUUUCUUCGUCUUCAACAAUCUCAUCGUCUUCUCGCUCUUCAGCGCUAUAUGGUCCUUUGUGUCCGCCGUCGUGUCCGAAACAAACGAAAAAAGCACCGACGCCUGGCAGGCCAUCAUCGACCAGAACCUUGCUACCACACUCUUUACGGCCUUGUGCAAAGUCAGCCCUUUCUGGGUCACCUGGCUCCUCCAGCGCAACCUUGGCGCCGCUAUUGAUCUCGCCCAGCUCUGGACCCUCGUCUACAGCUUCUUUGUGAGAAAGUUCUCGAGCCCGACGCCCCGAGAGCUGAUUGAGCUCACGGCGCCGCCUUCGUUCGAAUACGCCAUGUACUACAACUAUUUCCUCUUUUAUGCGACGGUCGCCCUGGGCUUCUCUGGCAUCCAGCCUUUAGUCCUGCCGGCUGCCACGUUGUACUACGGAAUCGACUAUUGGCUCAAGAAGUAUUUGCUACUCUACAUUUUCGUCACCAAGACCGAGUCGGGAGGCAUGUUCUGGCGUGUUCUCUUCAACCGCAUGCUGUUUGCCGUCUUCCUGUCGAACUGUGUCUUUUUCCUCAGCGCCUGGGCUAGAGCCGACUGGGCCUACCAUAGCCAGGCCUUGGCCAUUGCCCCUCUGCCCGUUCUCCUGAUAAUCUUCAAGGUCGUCUGCUCCAAAGUGUUUGACGACAAAAUUCACUACGUCUCGACGACCAACGUUGCCAAACACCCCGAGGCUGGCAUGCAGAAGGAGGCGCGCCUACGCAGCGAGCGCUUGGCAUCGCGUUUCGGCCACCCUGCGUUGUACAAGCCGCUUAUCACGCCCAUGGUGCACCAAAAGGCGCAACCUUACCUGCACAUCGUUUACAAAGGUCGUCUCUCGGACGGCCGCGAGGUGAACGCCGGCGACAUGAUGAGCGUCUCGGGCUACUCGGAUACUUACGCAAUGGACCCCAUGAACUCGGGCAAACCCGGCAAGUCCGCGAAUGUGCCCGGCUUCGAGUUCGUUUCGGAGUCGAACCUCGAUUUCGAAUUCUAUAAGAACAGAGCAGAGUUCGCAGAUGAGCAUGGUCAGGGAGAUCUUUUCGGCCGUGACCCUGACAUCAUGCGUCCAGGCACGCCCGGAUCCAUGUCCGACUUCGGCUCCCGCCCCGGAACCCCUACCGGUGCCCCUUUGCAGGGCGGCAUGACCGGUCAGCAGCGGCGCGAUGUCUCUGGCCAGUCCGGAUUCUCGGCCUACCGUCCUACCCCGCCUUCCGGCUACAUGUCCCCCGUCGGCAGUGGACAGCAGUCCCCGACGAGACUGGGCUCACCACAGGCCGGCUUCGCUCAACAGGCGACCAUGGGUGACCGGUCGCGCAGCCCCUUGUACAACAUCAACAGCAAUGGGAGCGACACGGCGCUUGUUCGCAAUGCCGCAGGCAUGCCCAUAAGCGCGCCGACGCCGGGCCCGACCGUGGGUGUGCUGGGCGGCGGACCGAGGGGGUAUAGUGGACUCCCGCAGGCCGACGCAGACACGUUCGACCAGGACCCGACCCAGUACGACUACUUCCGCGGGUCGAGACGCCCCCCCAACGACGGGUGGUGAGAUGACAGAAUAACGUGAUGACGGGCUUUUCCUUUGUGAGCGAAAACGGAGCGAAGGAUCGAUUCACGCGGUUCGGCAUCUGGUCUCCGUGUGAGUGAUUGCAUUGCAUUCGGCGUUGAUUUGCGAGGACAAGGAGUUGGAUUUGGGAUCGAAAUGUUCCGCAUAGGAUGCAGAUGUGGUCCCCUGGAGAGCAUCACCGGACCCUCGACGUUCUUUACUCCAUCUAUCAAAAUGGUAAUGAUCAAAGAGACGAGACAUAGACUGAAUAUUGCAUGGGGCUUUUCAACGCCUCCUUCACCAACUCCCCCGGCACGACGCCGGCGGGAAUGGAUUAUAGAUUUA